AUGAAAGAAGUCGAACACAAUGAAGAGUCAAUGGAAGAAUUUAAAAAGGAGGUUGAGAUGUUAGACAAAUUCAGAAGUGAAUUUGUCGUUCACUUCUAUGGCGCUGUUUUUGCACGUAAUAAAGUGUGUAUGGUCACGGAAUUUGCGACAUAUGGAAGUCUUCAAGACUUAAUGAAACACAAAACUUCGAAUGAAAUUGACAUGAAGUUAAGAGUGAAAAUUUGUCUUGAUGCUGCUAAAGACAACAUUUUAGUCUUUUCAUUGGAGACUAUCGAAAAGGUUAAUGCUAAAUUGACUGAUUUUGGAAGUAGUAGAAACGUCAACUUGUUGAUGACUAACAUGACAUUCACCAAAGGUAUUGGAACACCAACUUAUAUGGCACCCGAGGUUUUGAAAAAAGAAAAGUAUAAAAUGAGUGCAGACAUUUAUUCAUUUGGAGUAACAAUAUACGAGUGUGUUGGGUGGUGUGAGGCGUACCCAAAAGAUGAAUUUAAAUUCCAUGGAAAAUAG